AUGCAUAUGCCACCGUGGUUCACGUCACUGAGCUUUGAGAACAUAGACCCGGCUAUAUGGGUGUAUAUAUUUUCUUUAGGGUUGUUUUCCGUCUUCUCUCUUAUCGGACUUGUCUUUUAUCACCUCUACCUCAGCCCCCUUGCUAAGUUUCCUGGACCUCGGUUGGCCGCCGUGACGGGGUUCUAUGAAACCUACUAUGACAUGAUUCAUGAUGGGCAGUUUACCUGGGAGAUUGAGCGUCUUCAUCAGAAAUAUGGACCUAUAGUGCGGAUCAAACCGUGGGAGCUUCAUGUGCAAGACCCAGACUAUUAUAACACGCUAUACUCGGGGCCGACGCGAAAGCGGAAUAAAGACGCCUGGUUCUCGUUCCUGGGAUGGCCUCAGUCGAUCUUCUCAACGGAGGGACACGCGUUGCACCGCGUCCGCAGAAGCGUCUUGGGGCAAUUCUUCACCAAGAGAGCGAUCUUGGACCUUGAGCCGGUAAUCCAGGCCAAUAUCCAGGCUUUGUCUCGCCACUUUCGUCAUGCGGAAUCCGCACACGGUACCUUGGAACUUCAUGCCGCGUUUAUGUGUUUUGCGAGUGACACACUCUCACAGCAUGCCUUUGGGCAGCGGAACGGGUUCCACGCACUAGACCAGGCAGAGUUAAAUGCAAUUUGGAAGACGAAAAUGAAUUCAUGCUUUGAGCUUGUCCAGAUGGCAAGGCACUUCCCAUGGGUUUGCAAGCUCGCACACGUCUUUCCCUGGCCAGCAGGGAUCAUUAAUUCCUUUUUCGACGAGGUUAUCAAAAUGGAAACGGUGCGUGUGCUUUACUGUCGGGAUUCUUCGUCUAAAAAGCUGAUGGAAAAGCAGGAUGUCAAGCAAAUGGUGCGCAAGUCUAUACAGGAACGUGGUAUGAUAAGCAGUGAGAAACCCAAAGCGAUUUAUCCUACGAUUUUGGAAAAUGAAAAGGUACCCGAGGAGGAGAAAGAGUUUAACCGCCUGGCUGAUGACGCCAUUUUCUUGAUGGUCGCUGGUACCGAUGCGCCGUCCCAGGCCUUGGCUAUUAUCUUAUUUUACAUUCUGCGUCAUCCUGAGGUCCAUGAAAGAGUUCGCAAUGAGCUAUGCGCUGCUUGGGGAGAUGUAUCGAUGUCGCCUGGCCUGGCGGCCUUGGAGCAGUUGCCAUAUUUUACUGCAGUAUUAAAGGAAGGCCUUCGGUUAUCGUCCAUUGUCACAACGCGACUGCCUCGUAUCGCACCGGAUGAAAAUCUGCAAUUCCACGAAUGGGAGAUUCCGCGCGGAACACCCGUGAGCAUGUCGACCUAUUUCAUCCUGCGCGACCCCAAAGUCUUUCCCGACCCCACGAGCUUCCGCCCCGAGCGUUGGCUCCUGGAGCCAGACGAGUUGCGCAAGCUAGAGCGCUAUCUGGUCCCGUUCUCGAAGGGUACCUUGGGUUGCUUGGGCCCGAAUAUGACCUGGGCGUGGCUGUACUUGGUUCUGGGGACACUGCUACGAAAGUUUGAGAUGACUCUCUAUGAUACUACAGAACGGAACGUGCAGAUGGUACGGGAUAAGUUCAUUGGACAGACAGAGCGUGGUUUGAAUCGUGUUCAAGUCAAGGUAUUGGGGGAAUAUGAUUAGGCGGACAAGGCCUUGGAAAUGGGUUGAAUGAUGCCUGGAGAAGCAAAUGCACGGCGGUCUGAGGAAUCGGG